AAAACUCGCUGUCCAAUCAGCGCCAGGCGGAACCAUCGUGUUUUCAAAAUGGCUGCUCACGUCGUCGGGUGGGUGAAUGUUUCUACGUAAUUUUGAGCAUAUUCUGGAUCAAGCAAGCCAAUUCAGGACCACAAUGAAGCCCAAGGAAAACCAAGUCCGAACAUACGACGCAGAUGGCUUCAGAAAACGCGCAGCUUGCCUCUGCUUGAACACAAAUCGCGACAAGGUUCUCCUGGUGAGCAGUAGCCGUUACCCUGACCGGUGGGUGGUUCCAGGCGGCGGUCUGGAGCCAGAAGAGCAGCCAAGCCAGGCAGCCAUUCGAGAAGUAGCAGAAGAGGCAGGGGUAACAGGUGUGCUAGACUUAUACCUGGGUGAGGAGACACCCCAGGGUUACCUGGACACCUUUGAGAACACAGAAAGGAAGCACCGCACUAUGGUCUACCUCGUUCAAGUCACAGAGCUGCUAGAUGACUGGGAGGACUCGCAGAAAAUUGGUCGGAAGAGAAAAUGGUUCUCCUUUCAAGAGGCCCAGCAGCGCCUGGCAGAGCACAAGCCCGUCCAGAAAGAGUACAUUAUCAAACUGUUGUCCAUUCUCAACAAACACAAGAACGGCAGAACCUCAACACCCAACUCCUCCCAGUCCUCCCACUCACGGCCAGCAGAAGAGCACUGUAGGGGAGGGGAGGACAGCGGCAUGGACUCCAGGAACGGACACAGAAGCUCCACUUCUCUGGAAGGAAGAAUGCAGCAAAACAAGAAACAUGAAUGUAGCAGUAACAUUGACUCUACAGGUCAAAGUAUAGAGUCCCAUGUUGUGGGGGCAGUAAGCAAACACAGGCUAGAAUCUUCCAACUCUCAAACAUCCAACAGACUUUCAACUCUGGCCAAAAAUUGCGACACAAGAUGACAAAAUGUAGCAGAUUUGUAAAUUAUAUGCUGUACAUAGAUAAGAAAAUGGUAGCCAUAGAGGGCUGGUUGUGAUAUAUCUAGUAGAAUGAUAUAAGAUUCAUUUGCAAUAAAUCUACUGUCAGUUGCUUCCAGAAAUAUAUCUAUUUUGAACUAGAUUCAGUUUCAUAGAGGACUUUACAGGGCGAUGAUUUUGCCAUGUUUCUGUUAUAGUUUGGUUUAAAGACAGGAUGUUUUCCAAGCCUUACUUGUGUAUGAAUUGAUCUACAAAUGUUUCAAGAACAUCACAAGCUGUGCUCUGGAAUUAUAUUUGCCUUCACAUCCUUUUGAAACACUUCGCUUCUAGGCAACGAAGAUUUGUCAGUCAUAUGAAAAUCAAAGUCAUAUGAAAAUGGCACCUGUAACAAAGCUGUACGACCAAUAUUUUUAAGGUACAUGCUUGAGUAGCUAACUAACUUGUCAAUAACGUCCAGGAAAACGGGUCAGGAUAUUGGUAAUGUCUUCUCCAUUUGUAUAGAUUGAGGCAUGUACAUAGAGCCGUUAAGACCCAGUAGAUGUUGGAUAUUAUAUCAUACAGUCUUCAUAGUCUUUCAAAACACUCCCAUUGUGAUGAGCCUUUGAAAAACAAGUGUCAGCACGAGAUGCUCUACAUAAAUUUUUAUGCAACUAGGUGUAUUAUGUAUAGAGGUGAUCAACUUCACCAGUCACCAAAAUUUUGUAGAAAACUAUCACAGAACAGUAAUUUUGGGGCUUACUUUCCCAUGUUCAGUUGUCAGUUUGCAAUACAGUAUCAUUGUUGUGCAGUUUCCUAAUUUUGAUAUGUGAGAUUAUAAAAAUAUGUUGCGUGGAUUCAAUGACUAGUACCGGGUAUCUUGUUCAUUGUAAGUAUGGACAUUUCUACAUGAUCUGUAAUCUUAUGAGCCGUUGUGUGUGAUACCAUGAUAUAUUAGACCUAGGUUUUGCUGUUGCUGCUUACUAUUACAUAUACACAAGAUAAACUACAGUAUGUAUUGAGGUAUCUUUUUUUUCUAGUAUUAUUAGUGAGGAUAUGCACACUACCAGCACAAUUCUUUCACAUUUAAAGUUGAAUCUACAAUAAAAAGAAUACAAGAAAAAAAUACUGUGCCAGGCAACCAUUUGAAGAAGGAAGGUCUGACUUAAAGAAGUCUACAAAAAAGAAGAUGGAAACAUAACCAACUUUGUAUGAUGUACACAUGCUACUAUAGCCAAAACGUAUGGAUGUUGAUAAAACAGAAUAAGAAACUAGAAUUGCUUGGUUUCAUUUUUGCUGCAUAAUAUCAGCAUGCUGAACUUAUUUGUUUCUAAGUACUUUUGUUAUUAGUAUAUGCUGAUUGUCUUUAUAUAUAGCAGUAGAGGACCUCAAUCAUUGAGAUGGGCAUGGGGUGCUCUGCCUGGAGUGUCAUUGUAACAGGUGACAAGUUGCAGCACUAACCUACUCCAACAUGCAGAGACCUUUAGGCUUGGAAGCCAGUAGUAGGGAGUGAGGCUUGGGAGGAAGCACGGACAAACUUGUAUCAUAAUUUUAACUAUUAGAAGAGCCGUAAUUGUAUAUGUGUUGGCAUUGAGCCUUUUGAAUUGUGUGGUUGUCAAGGGAUACUAUGCAUGUUUGGCCUUUUGAUCUGUCAGAUAUGACAUACCCGGUAAUAAAGCUGAUAUGUAACAUA